AAUGCGUUAAAAAAGCUGUCUCAUUUUGAUGACGUAACGUGGUGCUCCGCAUUAAGUAUUAAAAAUCUCGGUAUUGUUCACCGUGUAGAACACUUAACGGGCUGUUCGUCCUCCGUGAAGCACACGCUGAGAGGACACCGAGAUCUCGAUCACAGCUUGACGCAAUGGCUGAAUCGGAUGUGAAUCCCAAAGCUUAUCCUCUUGCUGAUGCCACUCUCUCCAAAACCAUCCUGGACCUGGUGCAACAAGCAUCCAAUUACAAACAACUGAGAAAAGGGGCAAAUGAAGCCACUAAAACUCUGAACCGAGGGAUCGCAGAGUUCAUUGUGAUGGCUGCAGAUGCUGAACCUCUGGAGAUCAUCCUGCAUUUGCCUCUGUUGUGUGAGGAUAAGAACGUCCCGUACGUGUUCGUGCGCUCAAAGCAGGCCUUGGGCCGCGCAUGUGGGGUGUCCAGGCCCGUCAUCGCCACCUCAGUCACCAUUAAAGAGGGCUCGCAGCUCAAGCCUCAGAUCCAGUCUGUGCAGAUGGCCAUUGAGAGGCUGCUGGUUUGAUGCACUGUAUAAGCUCAAUGGCACAUGUAUGUGUUGGCACAGGUCUGUCUUCUAAGUUGUAGAUCACCACAGAAUGUUUUACUAGAAUUAUGUAUGCUAAACUUACAUUUCACCCAUAAAAACAGUUCUGUCAUUUUACAUUCUCAUCAUAAAUCAUCAUGUCGUUACAAACCAUAUGACUUUCUAU